AUGCUGCACGUAACUCAACCACGUUGGCUGCUGCUACUUCUGUGCGGCACCUACUCGCUGCUUGCUUCGGCCACCCAAGUCUACUCGCAAGGAGCAUUUGGCGUCGAGUCGCCUAUGGAAUCUUCGGCGGACUCGGAGUGUGAACUAGAUGAGAUCCAGUUGGCUUCUGACGGGACAAUCGCGCAAUGGGGACUGGCGCUGGGUACACGCGUCGCGCCAAACAUGACUGUGAAUGGCACCGUGACGCCGGAUGGCUAUAAUUUCUACCACCUCUGCGUGGGGCGUCAUGAGCACGAGCACCUCAUCACAGUGGAGCUGCUGUGCGACGAUGACGACGUGUCCGACGGUGGCGAUGCCAACUUGUAUCUCUCCAGCGAGGUCAAGUACCCACGCAUGGGCCACUCUACGUGGAUCGCGCAGCGCCGCGGCAACGAGCUCAUCAAACUUUUCACAUACCUUGACGGAUUUCCUCGCAAGAAUGAGGAGGGCGGUCGUCGCUGGAUCGCUCUGCAUAUCGGUGUCUUCGGAGCAGGAGGCGUCGAUACGAGUUACGAUCUCGUAGUGUCGGUCACAGAUCUACCGAACUCGCCAGACAUUUUAUCAAAGCAGGAAUUCUACACGCAACAGCACAACCUAGCACGGCAACAAAGACUUCGUCGGGGAUAG